AUGGCGAGGAUGGAGAUAAAAAUAAUUUCAUUUUUUGAGGUUUUACUCUGCUUUGCGAGCAUAUUUUCCUUUCUUGGCACUGGCCUUGGAGAUUUGAGCUACUCUAUUCCAGAAGAGUUGGAUGUUGGAUCUGUCAUUGCAGACAUAGUGAAGGAUCUUGGACUCGACGCACACGGGCUGUUACAUCGCAAAGCAAGAUUAGAUUCAGAUGGGAGCAGCAAACGCUUUUGUGACAUAGACUUACAAGCCGGCAGUCUGGCGAUCUCCGAGAGAAUUGACCGCGAAGAAUUGUGUGGCGCUAAAACUGUUUGUUCUUUGAAAUACGAAUUAGUUCUAGAGUCCCCGCUUGAACUGCAUCCCAUUACUUUGCAGAUUGAGGAUGUAAAUGACAAUACACCGAAAUUCCUUAAUGACAAAGUUAAACUUGAAAUCACAGAAUCCGCUGUGAAAGGGGCACGGUUUCCUUUACCUGAAGCGCAUGAUUCAGAUGUGGGACGCAACGGUAUUCAAAACUAUAAGCUGGAGAACAGCGAUCAUUUUGCAUUGGCUGUGCAUUCAAAUUCAGAUGGGGGUAAAUACAGCGAGCUGAUCUUAGAAAAUGAACUCGAUCGUGAAAAUGAGGAGGAAGUAAUAUUUUCCCUGUCUGCUAUUGACGGCGGUACUCCUCAUAAAUCUGGGACUGUUGUAAUUCAUGUCACAGUCAUGGAUGCAAACGAUAAUUUGCCUGUGUUCAGUCAGCCUGUUUAUGAAGUCAAUCUGCCUGAAAACGCCCCUUCAGGUACUGUUGUUCUGACCGUAAGUGCCACAGAUGCGGAUGAAGGCGCAUAUGGCGAGGUCACGUAUGAAUUCAGCCGCAUAUCUGACAAGGCUGCGAGACUGUUCGCAAUAGACAGUUUGAGUGGAGAAAUCAAAGUAAUCGGUCCAGUUGAUUACGAGGAGAAACAAGAGUAUGAGUUAAGGGUCCAAGCCAAAGACGGUGCAGGUUUGGCCUCUAAUGCUAAAGUAAUUAUAGAGAUAAGUGAUGUCAAUGAUAAUGCACCUUUGAUAUUUAUCAAAUCGCUUAAUAACCCCAUUCCCGAGGAUGCGGCCCCGGGCACAGAAGUGGGCAUCAUUAAUGUGCAGGACAAAGACUCAGAGGGAAACAGACAGGUCCGCUGUGCCAUUCCAGAAAACAUCCCUUUUAAAUUGAAUCCAUCUGUGAAAAAUUAUUACUCACUGGUCACUGCAGCUGAAUUAGACCGUGAAAAGUUAACUCAGUAUAAUAUCACAAUAACCGCAAUUGAUGAAGGCAAUCCACCAUUGUCUUCAUCCAAGACUAUCCAUCUCUCUGUUGCUGAUGUGAAUGAUAACCCUCCUGUAUUUGAGCGUCAGUCCUACAGUGCAUAUGUGACUGAGAAUAACAAGCCUGGCUCUUCUGUCUGUUCUGUUACUGCGAGAGACCCAGACUGGAGACAGAAUGGCACAGUGUUUUACUCUCUGUUGCCCAGUGAGGUCAAUGGUGUUCCGGUCUCCUCAUAUGUAUCCAUUAAUGGAGACACAGGGGUGAUCCAUGCUGAGAGGGCCUUUGACUACGAGCAGUUCAGAAGCUUCAAAGUUCAGGUUGUAGCCAGAGACAAUGGUUCUCCUCCACUCAGCAGCAACGUGACUGUGAGUGUGUUCAUAACAGAUGAGAAUGAUAACUCUCCUCAGAUAUUGUACCCUACUCCAGAAGGAAACUCCUUCAUGACUGAGAUGGUUCCUAAAGCUGCUCUUUCUGGCUCGCUGGUCUCCAAAGUGAUCGCUGUUGAUGCUGACUCUGGACAGAACGCGUGGCUGUCGUAUCAGAUCGUGAAGUCGACUGAUCCGGGACUUUUCACUAUUGGUCUCCACAGUGGAGAGAUCAGGGCUCAGAGGGACAUUUCUGAAUCUGACAGCAUGAAGCAGAACCUUGUGAUCUCAGUGAAAGAUAACGGACAGCCCUCUCUCUCUACAACCUGUGCCGUGUAUUUACUCAUCUCUGAUAACUUGGCUGAAAUUCCUGAACUGAAAGACAUGUCUUAUGAGGAGAGCAAUGCUAAACUCACAUCUUAUCUGAUCAUUGCCCUGGUGUCUGUUUCAACUUUUUUCCUCACUUUUAUUAUCUUGUUAAUGUCUAUGAGGUUUUGUCGUAAGACAAAGCGCAGACUGUUGUUUGAUGGAGCAGUAGCCAUUCCCAGUGCAUAUUUACCUCCCAACUAUGCAGAUGUUGAUGGAACGGCAACUCUCCGUAGUGCUUACAACUAUGACGCCUAUAUGACCACAGGAUCCCGUACAAAUGACUUUAAGUUUGUCCGAUCUUACAAUGACCAUAUCCUCUCUGCUGGUAAUACUCUAAAUAAGAGACAGAGUAUGCAUGACAACAGCGAUUGCAUCAACUUCUUUGAUAACGGAUCAAAAUAUUCAACUCUGAUGGGCGCGCAGUAUGCCUGA